AGUUCAAUCGUUGAAUCAGCGUAGCGAACGAAGAAUUCUCUUGUGCUUUUUGGUGCUUUUGAAGACGAGGCUAUUUGGAGACGUCGCUUCCAGUUGCAGCACAUCAACCAGGAACCACAUAGAUGGAUCGACCAAAACGCGUGAUCGCGAAGCCGUCGCGCUAUAAAACUACUUCCUCAGACGAUGGUCCAAGAAGGACAAAACAACAUCCAGAUAACGAUAUCGAUGACGACAUCGCAGAACUGCGGAGGACGAUGGAGCAGGAGGAUACAGGACCGAGUCUACUACAGGAUAUCGAAUCUACAACAGGAUUUAAUUUACUUUCGGAUAACAAUCCAUUAACACCGCACACUCACACAUACACAGAACUACAGACACCACAAUCAUAUAACAACAUAUAUUCCGCCACUGUAUCGCAACCCACACACACAACACAUACACAACCCACACAUACACAAACCACCUACACAACAUUCACACCUAAUUACGUGCAAAGACAAACAGAAAUAGGAAUGAUGCAGCCUGUUGUUAUUUCAGGAUAUCCUCACCAAUCACGAUGUGACGCGCAGGACAGUGUGCAGCGCAACAUAAGAGAAAAUGAAUGCCAAGGAUAUGACAGAUCGUAUGGAGGCAGAACUGAAAAGGAUGAAUACCCUACUCGAAGAGAUAGUGAGGCACCAGCGAAAUCGGGAUCGCCCUAAUCAAGUGCGGAAGCCAAGGAUCCUGCCAAUAUCGUCCAUAAGAGAAAUGGACGCUUUUGAAGGUGCAACCGACGAUAUCUUUUUUGAUA